CUCCACCGCAUCAAACAUGGCGCUGUCCUGCUCCAGUUUGUGCAGCGGUUUGUCUUUGACCCGACUGUGUGGUUUCAGGACGAACAGAAUAACUUAUGGACUUUACUCUCCGUAUUUGCCCUCACAGUCUAGGUUACCGCUGUGCAGACACUACUCAUCGUCCAAAGUCAGGCGAGGUAUUGGUCGAUAUAUCCAAAGGCUAAAUACCAAAUAUGAAGUUUUCCUCAAAAGGCGGUUUCCUCGCUUUUACCAGCUUUAUCACACAUUUGUGGAAGGAUUCAAGCUACUGUUCCGAGAUGCCAAUGAGGUGCGGAGGAUAAGAACAAAGAUGUUCUCUGACGGAGUGCAGGUCAAGGAUUUGCCCUACAGGGAGAUGGAGAAGCUCAGGCAGUUUCGCAGAGACUUGAUCAAAGCCGUUCCGCUGGUGAUGAUAUCCAUCCCUCCCUUUGCCAACUACCUGGUUUUUGUCUUGAUGUACUUUUUCCCCCGCCAGCUCCUAGUCCCUCAUUUCUGGACUCCAAAGCAGCAGGUGGAGUUUCAGAGAUUGUACCAUUCCUACAGGGCGCAGCACCACUGGCCGGUGCUCAAAGGGCUCGAGAACACGAGCCAAAAGGUCAAAGACAGCCAGCUACAGGGUCGCCUGAAGGACCUGUGUGCUAAAGUACAGAGUGGAUCAAACCCCAAAGUGUCUGAAAUCCUUGCUGUUCGCAAUCUGUUUUCUGGACCUCCUCUGGGUAUAAAGAGGAUGAGUGUGAAUCAGAUGAGAAACAUCAGUCCGCUGCUCUUUCUGACGCCGCGUCUUCCGGGUUUCCUGGUUGGCCGGCGGCUGAACAGCCACGCCCUGGAGCUGCUCCAGCUGGACCGGGCCCUCAGCAGGCUGGGCCCUCACCAGCUGAGUGAGUCAGAGCUCAGACAGGCUUGUUACAUCAGGGGGCUCUAUUCUCACAGUCUGGGCAUCAACCAGUGCCGUGAGUGGUUGUCCCAGUGGCUUCAGGUGUCCUCCUCACUCAAAGACUCAGAGGUGUCACUGCUUUUGCACAGCAUGGUCUUUCUCUCUGCCAACUACCCCAACAGUGCCAGCCGACACUGACAGGAAGCCUGAAGCAAGCUGAUUUUGCGAUUAUGUUCUCUUACGUGCACUUGGCAGCACAACUUCCUAAAAGUUGUCAACAUCUCCUUUUUGCAGAGGGGGGAAAAGAGAUUUGAAGUGUUCUUGGCAAGAUUAUGAGAUUUAAGAAGGAAAAAAAUGUCUUAGCCCAACAGUCAAAGCAGAACUGUAAAGUACAUACCCAGAUAAUAGGAUUUAGUUUUUUGAAAAUAGGAUGAAUCUAUUGUGUCUUUAUCAGAGGAGUGGUAUGUGGUAUGGAAUCAUACUUCAUGAAUUAGCACAAUACGACAAGUGUACUUUCACCUGAAAAUCUUCCUUAUUGGAGUUCUUAUGUAAUUCAGACUGUCACAAGGGACUUAAAUUGAUUUUGAUGCACUGAAUGAACUAUAUGACGCAGUGAUUGAGGUAACACGAUUACCUGUCGCUGUGUUUCAAGCUUGUUACCACUGUUAAGCUCAAGCUUCUCAUUUGUUUACUUCUCUGUUAGCACAUCAUUACACAGCCUCAAAGACACGCAGGGAAACAAAAGAGGACAUUAUUUCGUAAAAGGUCAGCCACAUUUGUUCUGUUAAUUAUUCACUUGUGUAGUGGUAAAGGUGUUCGGAUUCAUUCCACAUAAAAACACAGAUAUGGUCACUUGUACGUGGGCGUGAAAGGUUUACACACGUUCACAUCAAGCACAUCGUUCUGUAGCUUCUCAUACAUUUACCUCGCUUUGUGCUCUGCUUUUUUUUUUUUUUUUUUUUUACAAUACCACUGGUCAAAUUGGAAUUUCGUGGCAACAGCCUUGAGGGAAGGAAAUACUUUGGUUACACAAAGGGUCCCCUGAAAGGAAAAAAUGUUAAUUAAAGCCUGCUUAUAUUGUUUGCUACUGCAAAGACAUUCAUCAUGUUUGUGAUGUAAGAAACUGAACUACAUCUUGUAGAUUAAUAUCCUUUCUGAUGUGCAGCACAGCAUUUGCAGGCUGUCUGAUAAGAGUCAUGAUGGCACUUUAAUUUAUUGUUUACUUGAGGUUUUCUGGCUUUGGAGGGUUCAGACCACCAACUGCAGCACUGAAUGUCACUCGAGCAGAACAAAGAGGAAGCUGUGCUGGUGUUAGGUGUUGAAAAAUGUACAACGGGAACUGUCAUUUGCUUCCUGUGCCUUUUGCAAGGACAGGCGCAACACUCCAGAAAUACUCGUAAAAGUUAUUUUCUUUUCAGGAUUUUCUUUUUUAAUAUAUGAUAUUAUUUGCUCAACAGGUUUUGAAUAUUGUGCCAAUAUUAUACACAUUGUACUGGAACUGUGUCUGAAAUAAAUACCUUCAAUGGAA